AUGACUGGCCGGAAAGGCCGGGUGGUGCGCAGACCCGAUGGCUCCAUCAAGUACGAGUCCCGGGCCGAGCAGGGCCUCUCCAUAGACCACGUGAGAUCUUGUCCGGCGGCUAAGCGGCAUCCUCUGACCCCCAUCAAGUGGGCUUCUUCUGCCACCGCCGAGUGCCCCCUGGGGCAUGUGGGCGAUCAUUCAGCCCCGUCAGGCCUACGACCAGGAGCGGGCUGCACUCAGCUCUGCACGUGGCUCUUUCCCAGCGGCUAUUUCCGGGAGACGAUCCGCCAGGACAUCCGCAAGGCCCGGGAGAUGUACAGCGGCGAGCAGCUGAGCCGGGAGCUGGCAAACAUCCAGCAGCGCCUGGACAGCGUGGAGCUCCUCAGCCUGGACAUCGUCAUGAACCUCUUGCUGUCCUAUCGGGAUGUGCAGGAGCAGAGCUUGGCCCCGGCUCUCUCUGAUGCGCCUCACUGUGCUAUGGCUGAGUGCGUGCAAUGUCUGGACAGGCGGAACCAGCCCGGGGACCGGGAUAAGGCCCUCUCCGUGCUCCUGCCAGUAGUGGAGCAGCCGGAAGGGGCAGCGCCCGACCUGUACUGCAUGUGCGGCCGCAUCUACAAGGACAUGUUCAUCAGCUCCGGCUUCACGGACACGGAGAAAAGGGACCGGGCUUAUUACUGGUGAGAGCCAGCGUGUUUGAACUCCCCAGGUACAUGCCUCCACUCUGGGAUUAACGCUGCCGUCCUACUCAUGGCAGCCGGGCACCAGUUUGAAAGCUCCGUGCAGCUCCGGCAGAUAGGUGUGAAGCUGAGCUGCUUGUUGGGCCAGAAGGGCAGCGUGGAGAAGAUGCAGCACUACUGGGACGUGGGCUUCUACCUGGGCGCCUGGAUCCUGGCCAACGACCCCAGCAAGGUCAUCCGGGCCUCGGAGAAGCUCUACAAGCUCGAUGCCCCCAUCUGGUACUUGGCCUCUGUCAUGGAGACCUUCCUCUUGUACAAACACUUCAAGACCUGCCUGGAGAGCACGGCGCCCAAGCAGGAGCAGGCUGACUUCUGGAUGGGCUUCCUGCUGGCGUCCUGCCAGCCCUUCGUCUCCACGGAGCACUGCCCGGUGCUGAUUCUGGAGCUGACCAAAGUCCUGCAGCCCGCCCAGCUGAUCGUGUGCCACGGCCAGGCUGAAAAGUCGGUGACGCUGUGCCAUGCCUGCCCCGUGGAGGAGAGAGGGAUCUCCAGCUGGACCUUUCCGGCGUCCUCCAUCCGUGGAAUCAGGGCGGGCAGCCAGGCAGGGAGCUGCUGUGGGAGGCCGGAGCCGGAAGAGGGGCAGCUAUCAGGUGAUGCCCUCUCUGGCUUGGGCCCUGCCCCAUACGUGGCAUUGCUGCGUCUGCCUGGGGGCAGGUGCAUGGCUCAGCGCUCACCCUGGGAGCCCCCCCAGAGGGCCAGGCAGCGGGGCCGUGCCCAGGCAAGCUCUCCCUUCUCUGGCGGCAGGUUCUGCGAGCUGAUUCACUCCUUCGUGGCAGAGCUGACACCGGGGGGCGAGGAGGUGGGUGCCAGCUUGGAUGAGGAGCUGGAGUACGACUACGAGUACACGGAGACCGGCGACAGGGUCAUCCUAGGCAAGGGGACCUAUGGGAUCGUCUACGCCGGGCGGGACCUCAGCAACCAGGUGCGCAUCGCCAUCAAGGAGAUCCCGGAGCGGGACAGCAGGUACUCGCAGCCCCUGCACGAGGAGAUCGCCCUGCACAAGCGCCUGCAGCACCGGAACAUCGUCCAGUACCUGGGCUCCGUCAGCCAGGACGGCUUCAUCAAGAUCUUCAUGGAGGAGGUGCCGGGAGGGAGCCUCUCGUCCCUCCUGCGCUCCAAGUGGGGGCCCCUGAAGGACAACGAGCCCACCAUCGUGUUCUACACCAAGCAGAUCCUGGAGGGGCUGCGCUACCUGCACGACAACCAGAUCGUGCACCGGGACAUCAAGGGAGACAACGUCCUGAUCAACACCUACAGCGGGGUGCUGAAGAUCUCUGACUUCGGGACCUCCAAGAGGCUGGCUGGGAUGAGCCCCAGCGCGGAGACCUUCACAGGCACCCUGCAGUACAUGGCCCCGGAGAUCAUCGACCAGGGCCCGCGAGGCUACGGGAAGCCGGCCGAUAUCUGGUCCCUGGGCUGCACCCUCAUUGAGAUGGCCACGGGCAACCCCCCAUUCUUCGAGCUGGGCAGCCCUCGGGCCGCCAUGUUCAAGGCCUCCAGGACGGCUGCCAAGGCAGACAGUGGCCCACUGGCCCGCAGCUCCAGCGAGGUGGUGCAGAGACGCAGCUACCUGGGGUAUGGCUUCCCUUCUGGGGCUCGGGAGGAGGCUGUGGGUCUCCGGCCAGGUGUCCGCCGGCAGCUCGGCCAGGACCUGCUGGAGCUCCAGGCCCUGCUGCAGGUGGACUGCCUGAGCCUUCACCACGUGCAGGUGCCGCUCUUCAGCUUCCAGGACACGGGGACCAAUCGGAGUCCUCUGGGAUGCUGCUACGGUGGCUCUCGUCUAUGGGGAAGGAAGCAGGAGGCUCCUGGCCAGGCCCAGCGCUCUCCACCCCCCUCAGCUGGCAAGUCCCAUGGAGCUCUGUGCCUGAGGCUGCCGGGCAUGGCCCUCUCUGGCUGCAGCGGGGAGACUUGCCCCAGGAAGCCAGGGGCACCUGCCUGGGCACAAGGGCAUAUAGCCCCAGGGGAAGAGAGGCAGCCAGAUGCUUCUGCUCGUCCCAGUGCCGCUGCCUUCCCCACAGGGCAGCUGGGGGGCAGCACAGACCCCUGGGGUCCCAGUGCCUGCAGGCAGCCCUCGUGCUCGCUGCCCUCUGCCCGCCAUCCCUAUCCCAGGGCAGCCACCUCCCCGCUCACCUUGCUUCUCCUGGCACGCCCAGAACUCCGGGUGAAGCCGCAGCAGCGCCUGAGCCAAGCCCACGAAGGGGGCAGCGAAGAGGAGGAGGAGGAAGAGCCGGAGGCACAGGGAACGUCUCCUUCCCAGAGCCAGCCCAGUGUGGGGAGGGGCAGCGAGGAGACCUCAAGCUCUGGUAUCGGCACCAGCACCCAGCAGGGCUUCCAUCCCCCCCUGGCGAACUCCCUGCCACUCCUGGUGGAGCUCAGCCACCUCCGCGCAGAGACGGGCAGGCUGCUGGCGGUGCUGCUGGAGAAGGAACAGGAGUGGCAGAGGCAGCUGCACAGGGCGCUCCGAGCCAUGGAACGGGAUGCCAGGGUUCUGCGAGGAUCCAAGCCCCUAGCCUUGGCCCCCCACCCCCAAGGGCAGCAGCAGGGGGUGGCUCCUGCCAUCGCUCUGCUGGGCACGGUGACCCGGAGCAGCCUCACGCCCACAGCUCUGCCUGACCCUGGGCCCACGGCUCAUAGCAAUGGGGGCAAAGGGGACCGUCGAGCCUGCCCAUUGCGCUCGUGA